AUGGCAGCAGUGGAGCAGAGGGAGGACAGGACUUUUCAGAAGCCAAAGCCAUCGUUUGCAGAGCUGGAGAAGAGACUCAGCGAUUUCUCUCUGAAAAGUGCCACGCUGCAGGAGGUGCUGCUGGGAUUAAAAGAGACGCUGCAGUGGAAGCUGGGGAGCAACACAGGCUACAGAAUAACAUCCACGUUUUGCUCCAGAUCAUUCCAUCCUCCCAGGGGGAAGAAAAUGGCUGCAGUGGAGUUGGCUCAGGGGCCAGUGACUUUUAAGAAGCUGAUUGUGUAUUUCACCAGGGAAGAGUGGACUCUUCUGGACCCUGUUCAGAGAGCCCUCUACAGGGAUGUCAUGCAGGAGAACUAUGAGACGGUGGUCUUGCUGGGUAAGAAGUCCUGUCCCCUCAGUUAUUAGUAGCUGUGGGGUCUUUAAAGAACCUGAGUAGUAAUAACUUUAUACCUUUAUUCAUCAUACAAGUUUUGACAAGUUUCCUUGCCCACCCUUUUUUGCCUUA